UUUGUUUACCAGUUUCGUAUUAUAGUGAGUUUGGUCCCGCCUGCCCGCCAUCCUCGCCUGCGAAGACAACUAAUUUCUGAAAGAAAAAUACCCAGAGACUGAGGAAGACCGAAUUUUCUUCUCUUUCCUGUAUUUCAUGAGAUUCUCUUUCUUGUCCUUUCAUUUCUUCUUUGUGAACUCUUCCCUUGUUUUAUAAGAUUCUUUCGGACCAUCUUUAGGCUUGCUUAUCAUCAAGAGCAUUUUGCCAAUCACCACGGAGAAAUGACAAUAAUACUUGCUGAAACAAAACAAUGUAUCGAUUCUGUUUGACUUCCAGAAUCAAUCGUCGCUUGCUUCAUCCUCGCUGUAUAUCUUCAUCGAGGAAACCGGUUAAACCGCCCGACAACGUAGAAAAUGCUCAGAUAGUCCCGCAACAAGUACCUCAACAUCUUUCUAGCCCUUUCUCCUCUCUCCCUACCUCAUCUUUCUCUCGCAGUUCUGUUAUCGCUGCUUCUGCUACUGUCAUUUCCGCUUUCCUGGCCUCCAUCGCUUUCCUUUUAUCGGAUCACCACCGUCAAAGACAAUCCGAUGACGAAGCCCCUAAUAACCUAUAUGCUACAGUUGAACAAGCGAUAAGCAAGUCCCGCGACUCCUACCAGAAGGUUUUCCAUCACCUCAAACAAACUGGUGUGGCCGCCUCGGUCCUGUGGCAUUCACUGACGUCGGUUUUGUCUUCGGCCAACCAUGAGGUUCGCUCCGGUUUCGAGAUUCGUGUUGCGGCAUUUCUUGCAGACAUUGCCGCCGCAAAUUCUGGCCGGAGGGCUGCUAUCGUUGGGGCGGGGGGCGGUGCCGUGUUAGAUUGGUUACUUGAAUCGGUGGCUGUUGCCAAAGAUGGGGGUGGCACUCAAGCGGAGUCAGCAAGAGCGCUUGCUUACUUGAUUGCCGAUCCUAACGUAUCAGCUGGUGUGCUUGGGAGGCCUCAUGCCAUUCCAAAUCUUCUUAGGUUUAUUUUCUCUUGUCAGCCUCGGCGAUCGAAGAAGCAUUCAAGACGAAGUUCAUUUGAUAUUUCUGAUUCUUUAAAAGGUAGGAGCAUGCUUGUGGCUGCCAUUAUGGAUAUAGUCACUUCCAGUUGUGAAAAUUCAGAAGAGGUUUCUUUUAAGCCACCGUUACCUGGAAAUGCUGAAUUGAAAGAUAUUGCAGCUGCCCUGCAAGUUAUUGAGGAAGGUGGUUUGCAUUUAGAUGAACCACGUGAGAGUGGAGAUGACGAAGAUGGCGGGACAGGAAGUAAAGGGAUUGGGAUCAAGAUACUUGAUGGUACUGUGGGUUUAGGCCUUUCACGGAUCAGCAUGUUAAUGAAAUUGGAUAAUUCUGAUUCUCCUCAUGUAGCACCACUGAUGCUUCAUACUCCUAAAACCAUCAUGUCAGAAAAUAAGCAUGACAAUUCAUUAGCACAAGCAAGUACGGUUUCUGCUGUUGUUCCUGGUCUCUGGGAUGAUUUACUCUGUGAACAUGUUGCUGUUCCUUUUGCUACAUGGGCAUUGGCAAAUUGGGCAUUGGCAUCGGAGGUAAAUAGAUGUUCUAUAAAAGAGCUGGAUCAAGAUGGAGACGCUAUCAUGUCUGCUUUGACAGCACCUGAGAGAUCUGUGAAAUGGCAUGCGAGUUUGGUGGCACGGUUGUUAUUAGAAGAUCGCAAUAUCCUUUUGAAUGAUUCUGUUUCUGAUUGGAGUUCCAGUCUUCUUUUAACUGUUUCUCAGGCAUGUAAGCAUGAAGAUAUUUCCCUGGCUAAGGUUGCCUUAUCUGCCUUUGUGUUAUCCGUUGAGAGAAGUUCCAGUUCGCAGAAGAUAGUAAUGGAGAAGGGCCUUAAUUUGAUGAGAGACAUUUCCAAGCAGACCACAAAGCAUAAUCAGGUGCAAGAAGCAGUAGCAAAAGUAUUAGAACUACUGUGCACCAAAGAGCUCCAUUUAUCUCUUGAAGAGAGUCAGAAGUGGUCAGGCAUUCUUCUUUCCUGGGUUUUUGGAAAAUUUUCUUCUGAUGCUUUACGGUCUUCAGCCAUAAAGAUUCUUUCUCAGAUAUUUGAAGACCAUGGACCAACAACAUCUGCGGUUUCUCAAGGAUGGUUAACCAUGCUGCUAACUGAAGUCCUCAGUUCCAUCAAGAACACAAAUGAUAAAGGAGCCAGUCAACCUAAAAAUAAUAAAGUAAAGACUUCAAUUAAUAAUUCAAACAUUUCUUCCGCUGCACAAGUUGCAAAUCAGUUAGCUAGUGCUGCUGUUUAUCUAGCAGUUAAGCAAAUGGGAACUGCUUUUGAUUCUGAGGAUUCUUUUCCACUGGCAGAUUUUCUUUCUCUGGAACCUUUAGUGGGACCAUUAAAAAAUUUAAAGAAAGAUAAUCUACCUAAACUAGAUGCUGCAGAUUCUGCCUCUGCAACGCUGAAAGGAAUAAAAGCUCUGACUGAAGUUUGUGCCGAAGAUUCUCUAUGUCAAGAAAAAAUUGUUGAUUUGGGGAUUUUGUGUUUGCUGAGGCGCUUUUUGCUGAGUGAUGAUUAUGAGAAAUUGGCCGCUAUUGAAGCAUAUGAUGCAUCUAGAGCCCAUGAAGGGCGGGAACAGAUUUCAAAUGUUGAUGCGGAGCCAUCUGUAUCGGAUACAAAUGAAUCAUCCCAUGUCCGAGUUCCACCUACGGCCCAUAUCCGCAGGCAUGCAUGUAGAUUGUUGAACAUCCUUUCACUCCUUCACAAAGUCCAAAAGGACAUCAUAAAAGAUGAAACUUGGUGUAAGUGGCUUGACGAUUGUGCUAAUGGGAGGAUUUCAGGAUGCAGUGAUCUCAAAAUCCGAAGUUAUGCCAGGGCAACACUCCUAAAUAUAUUUUGCAAUGACCAGUUUCUUAAUAAGAAGUCGGGAAGUGGAAGUCAUUCUGACACUGGUGUACAAACCAACAAGAGAUUAUGUCCUCGUUAUGAUGACACGAUAUUCUUGAUAAAUCCUCAUCUUCCCCACUGGAAAUGUCCUAAGGAAACAGACCGAGAAAAUGUAAUAUCAAAAGACAUAUCUGUGGCCACUGCUGAUAAUGACGAUGGUACGAAACCCUUGAAUGACACCAACGUCUCUGGUUUUGUUGAUAUAUCCAAAAGUGACUCUGAUGAAAAGAUUCCUCCAUUAGAUGUAGUUUUUGUCCAUGGCCUUCGUGGUGGGCCUUACAAGACUUGGCGCAUCUCUGAAGACAAGCCCUCAAAUAAGCCUAACUUGGUUGAGAAGAUUGACCAGGAGACGGGAAAGCUUGGAACCUUCUGGCCUGGUGAAUGGCUUUCCAAUGAUUUUCCUGAUGCCCGCUUGUUUACCCUCAAAUACAAGACUAAUCUCACACAGUGGUCUGGAGCUAGCCUGCCUCUUCAGGAAGUUAGUUCCGUGUUAUUGGAGAAGCUUGUUGCUGCAGGGAUUGGAAAUCGACCUGUUAUUUUUGUGACUCACAGUAUGGGGGGCCUGGUUGUGAAGCAAAUUCUGUAUAAGGCAAAGGAGGAAAAUUUUGAUCACCUUGUGAAUAAUACCAUUGGAAUUGUGUUCUAUAGCUGCCCACAUUUUGGUAGCAAACUUGCAGAUGUACCUUGGCGAAUGGGGAUUGUGCUUCGUCCUGCCCCAUCGGUAGGAGAGCUAAGACGUGGGUCUUCAAGAUUAAUAGAGUUCAAUGAUUAUAUUCGUCACCUUCAUAAGAAAGGAAAGCUUGAUGUGCUCAGCUUUUGUGAGGUAGUCAAUGAUUUA